GACGUAUCUUUGGUCUGCGAUGUUAUGCUGACCUGUUAAUUCCAUGGAUUAGUCGCCAAGUUCAGUUUCAAGACGUCCGGGACAUGUGGCGUGAGUACAAAUCAUAAGCGGCGAAAGGGCAAAAACGGAGGGACGGAAUAUAAUAAGUCUCCCAAGAUUCGGGCGGCCGCUCCGCUCCCGCCUGGUUGUCAAAUAGGCAGCAUUAGGUAAAGGCUGUAACUGAUGCGGACUGCCCCAGACAACUGAAGGUACUGAUAGUUCAUAAACCAUCUGGAAUGAAAUAGGGCUAUGGCACAUGUGAAAGUUACGUCGAAGGACUUCCUCGACUCCUUAAAUUCCUCUACACUUCGUCUGCUCUGCUUAAGUGUUGUCACAAAUUUUCGACUUGCUGCCGAUGACUACGGUAGUUUUAGCCACCUUAGAUAUCGUCGCCGAAUGGGCUCUGGUAUAUCGAGCACCUCGGCACCGCAACUUUCAAGAUCCGACGACCACUCUGAUCGCCAGAAUACAGGAGGUACAAUGGAUAAAGAUUCAUCGAAGCCGACUCUCUCGCCGGCAGAGUUCCACAUAUACAAUAAGUUUGCGGUGCAAAUGAAUUAUUUUCACGAUCAAUUCAGACGUACCUGGGACGAAUUGCAAAAGAUGAGCAAGAAGGACCAACCCAGCCAGUCUGAGGCACGAGCCAUGAUUAGAAUGGGACUUCAAUUCUGUUCAGAAUUACAUAUGCACCACCGCUUUGAAGAACGUCACAUUUAUCCGGUACUGAGCAGGAGAAUGCUUGAUUUUCAGCCACACCAUAGUCUAUCCAAGCAGCAUGAAAAGAUUGAUGCUGGUGCUGACCAGAUGCAGCGGUAUCUUGAGCAAUGCGCUUCUGGAAAACAGGCAUUUUCAACUACAGAGAUUCGCAAAAUCAUGGGGAAUUUCGGAUCGACACUAUGGAGUCAUUUGGACGAUGAGGUGAAGGCACUUGGGGCAGAAAAUAUGAGUAAAUACUGGUCCCUCGACGAGUUCAGAAGUCUCAAUUUGUAA